AUGGUCGUGCCUACGGCUGUUGUGAGCAGCACGCCGGACGGAGGCGAAACCGACGUGGGCGUGUGCCGUCCAAGCAACACGGGCGACGCGGGAAGAGGACGAUUCAAGGAAUCGUGCCGAAAUUGGCGGACCGUCUCUCCUCUCCGCAACUGUGUGGUGCCUGCUCGCGUCGUCCGCUUUGGAACAAGCUCGCCACCGGCCGGUCGAGCACGAUUCGAUCUUGGUUUCGCCUUGUUCUGGGCCGACGAUGCGCUGAGCGAGCCACCUGCGCGGUGCCAAUCGGCAGAGACCGGUCCCUGCUGGAGUCGAGCCAUUACCAGCAGCACCUUUGUGCCCACCCUGGCCUGGCCGUGGCCUGGCACGACGCCAGCGAGCGAGGGUGGACCGCACCGCACCAAGAGCCGGUCUCGGGCUGAUCGCUCCGUCGCCGCCCCGGCCUGCGCGGCGUACGGCAACGCAGGCUCGCGUCGAGACGAGGAGCCUCGCAGCGUCCUUGGUUGCCGGCAGAAGGAGCCGCGAAACUGGACCGCGAACAUGGCCGUCGGCCGCCUCGUGCGGCAACGCUCCGUCGCAGCCCGACCGUCGUUUGCAUCCUCCGAGGGAAACGGCAGGGCCGUCUAG